AUGAACAAGUGGCUUAUACUAAUUUUACACCUUCUUCUCUAUGAGUCUUACUCAUUUGGCAUCGAACUUCCUAAAAAUAUAGAAAAAUGCCAUUUCGGUGACACAAUUUGCUUGAUACGAACAAUGAAUAGUAUUAUCCGUCAUUAUCCCAAGGGCAUAUCGGAAAUAGGUCUCCCACCCCUCGAUGUUACACACUUUAAUCUAGUGUCUGUUUUAAAUACUACAACUAAAGGUCCCAUAUGGUUAAAUUUUCAUUUGAGAGAUAAUAUCAAUAAGGGUUUUAAUAAUGCCACAAUUAUCCAUGUCGAUGGAUUUGAUCAGGAUCCCACAAAGAAGCAAAUUGAGAUCAAGGCUCGCAUUCCCCGCAUCUUGCACGAAGCUAACUAUGACAUGGAGGGCAAAUUCUUAUUAUUCAAAGCCAAUUCAACUGGUAAACUAACAUCAGAUUUUCAGAAUUUCGAAUUAACAUUGAUCGUAAAGGUCUUUGUCGAAUACAGACAGGAUAAAAGAUUCUUGAAAAUCUAUUCAUUGGUGCCAAAUGUCAAAAUUGAUCGUUGGAUUAUCUGGAUGGAUGAUUUGUAUAAAGAGAAUUCAGAUCUAACUAUAGCACUAAAUCGUGCCUUUAACGAUCAUUGGGUAGAAUUUUGGAAUGAUUUAGAACCUGGGCUACUCACCGAAUUUAAAAUAUCAUUCACUGGACUUCUUACCACCAUAUUCGAUAGAGUUUCCUAUGAUGACAUGUUUUUAUCUCAAACUGAGAUUUAUGGCUCCAGUUUGUUUGAGUGAAAAAACAAAUCACCAAGAACAAGUUUUGCAUUUGUGCUUCAAGCAUUUCCUGCAUCUUAUAAAUAUAUACUAAAAAUUAAGUUGUUUUAACUACUACAAUUUAUAAUGAUAAACACACAAAAGUCAAGU